AAUAUGGAAAAUCGCGAAACUUCAUCAAUAGUAGUCAAUCUUCAACAGUUGCACACAUACUAAUGGUAGCGGAAUUAUACAAAAUAAUUCUAAUCGACUAACCAGUUAUAUCGACUUCCACAAACUUUCUAAUUUGGUAAAGAAAGUAAACAGGAGUUACAACUAGAACCUUAUACACAAAAACGUCAACAUGACAUUAAUAUACAUUUGUCAAAAAUAUUUACAAAAUUAUAGUUAUAAAUUAUCACUUCUUGCUCUUUGAGGCGAGUACUUGAAAUAAUGACUUCGCACGCAUUUUACGCGGACGCCGAAAAUAAGACGAAUCGGCGUAUCCGACGUUGGUAUCAAGAGAACCUAUUGACUGUGUUGCACCAUGCUAAGGAGAGACAGGCCAGGGAUGUAGACGCGUCUAUAGCGCUCGCCGAAGAAUUUUUAAGGAAAUUGGAUGAACCCCUUGAAAAACCCGCGGUCGUGCCAUUACGCGAAUUAAUACCGUCAAAAGACGAUAGCUUGAUGAAGCCUAUUGAGCCUGAAGUGCUCAACUUACUAUAUGGAGGUACAGAAAAAGGUGCUGCGAAGAAAUAUUUGAAGGCACGGAAUAAAAAAGCUCCUGAAGAUAGAUAUAACUUCCGUUUAACAACAAACUGGGAUUAUGGGUGGCAACAAAAGCAGUACAGACAGCGCGCGCGGGACGUCAACCGCGCCCGGUGCGCCAUACUGCGAGACACGUUCUACAGGAAAAACAACCUAGCUGCUGACCCUAGACACUACUCACAGCCCGCUGGUGGCGAGAUAUCUGUAUGCAGCGAAUACUCUUGCAACUUCACCUAAAUGGACUACCACGUAGACUAGAUAAUAAAUUAUCAGGUACAUUAGAUCACAACCUAAUAAUAGUAGCAAAUCUGAAACUAGUAAUCAUAAUUAAUAAAUUAUUUUAUAAUUACUAUGUAAUUGUUAAAUAUUAACUGUGCGGUUUAUAAAUAAUAGACGUUGUAUAGCAAAAAACAUAUAUUUUAUAAUUUUAUUAUUUACAAUAAUUCAACUUUUAUUUACAUAUUAACAACA